CCGGCGCGGGCGGCCACUGCGUGUUGUCUUUAGGCGGUGGCUAGAGGACACGGGCAAGAUGGCGGCGGUGUCGGCCCUGGUGCGGAGGCCCCUGCGGCAGGUUUCGGGGGUGCUGAAGAGGCGCUUUCACCGGACCGCGCCCGCGACGCUGCAGGUGACUGUUCGCGAUGCUAUAAAUCAAGGUAUGGAUGAGGAGCUGGAGAGAGAUGAGAGGGUAUUUCUGCUUGGGGAAGAAGUUGCCCAAUACGAUGGGGCGUACAAGGUUAGCCGAGGCCUGUGGAAGAAGUAUGGAGACAAGAGGAUCAUAGACACCCCCAUAUCUGAGAUGGGCUUUGCUGGAAUUGCUGUAGGUGCAGCUAUGGCUGGGUUGCGGCCCAUUUGUGAAUUUAUGACCUUCAACUUCUCCAUGCAAGCCAUUGACCAGGUUAUAAAUUCGGCUGCCAAGACCUACUAUAUGUCGGCGGGCCUCCAGCCUGUGCCCAUCGUCUUCAGGGGGCCCAAUGGUGCCUCGGCAGGAGUAGCUGCCCAGCACUCACAAUGCUUUGCUGCCUGGUAUGGGCACUGCCCUGGCUUGAAGGUGGUCAGCCCCUGGAAUUCAGAGGACUCGCUGGCCCUAGUAGUAUGCAUUUUUAGGCAUUCUGUAUGUGUUUACCUCACUUGCAUGUCAUAUUUUGCAGUGGUGGUGCUAGAGAAUGAACUGAUGUAUGGAGUUCCUUUUGAAUUACCUGCAGAAGCUCAGUCAAAAGACUUUCUGAUUCCCAUUGGAAAAGCCAAAGUAGAAAGGCAAGGGACACAUAUAACUGUGGUUUCCCAUUCAAGACCUGUGGGCCAUUGCUUAGAAGCCGCGACAGUACUGUCUAAAGAGGGAGUGGAAUGUGAGGUGAUCAACUUGCGUACCAUCAGACCAAUGGACAUCGAAACUAUAGAAGCCAGUGUCAUGAAGACUAACCAUCUCGUGACUGUGGAAGGAGGCUGGCCGCAGUUCGGAGUAGGAGCUGAGAUCUGUGCCAGGAUCAUGGAAGGCCCUGCUUUCAAUUUCCUGGAUGCCCCUGCCGUGCGGGUCACCGGCGCUGAUGUCCCUAUGCCUUACGCAAAGAUUCUAGAAGACAACUCUGUACCUCAGGUCAAAGACAUCAUAUUUGCAAUAAAGAAGACACUAAAUAUCUAGUUCAGGCUUGAA